AUCAGCGGACUGCAAUUCAUCCCAAGACAACAACACCCGCAUUGUCUCUCGGUCGCAAACAUCACCGCCACUGCCUUUCACGCUUCUCAAGAAUCUCCACGAAAGUUACGAACUCGCUCUUUCAUUUCUCCGUCUUUUCACUUUCAACUUGCCUCAAAACACGAAAUCCGCACGGCCCAACAAUUCGUUCCAACACCGCGAGUCGACUAGAAAGCGCAAACGAAUGAUACGGACCUCAUAGCGGGUUCAUGUUAUGGGAAGCCCUGCAGUGUCCCGCCAUUCCGGACACGUGACGACCUUUUGAGCAUGAACGGCUUUCGAGUGACAUCUCCGGCGUCAGACACGACCCUUGUCGACUCAAGAUGAGCCGCUUCAAUGAAGUCAUCGAGAUUAGUAGUGACGAUGAGCCAACCGCCAUCUCGCCAACACGCCUAUUCAGCCGCCUUCCGUUCCUAGGGACGAGGAAGGCUACCACGCCACCCGCUCCGAAGGUGAUUCCGCCGUCCGCUCCUACCAUCUCAGUAGACACCCUUUCACACCUUCCCCUCGCAAAUCGCGUGGAGAAGAUUCUCGGACAGUACCUGGAGGAACUGCAAGGAGACAACGAGUACUGGACUGGCAUUGCUUUGAAUCGCGCCCGGCUCGCGAAUGAGGAUCAUGCCACCAAUCCUGACCCUCCUACAUCUUUCUUUGCCAACCUGAAACUUCUCCAGCUACGCACGCCGCAAAAAGGCUCAACGCCUGACGACGAGGUCUGGGGCGUCCAGCGAAUGACGUGGGAUAAUAACAAGCCCAUAACCUGGCUGGCCACUCCCUACACCAACUUCAAUACCAACACACAAGAUGUGCCUGGCUACGCGCACUAUGUCAAUCUGAAGAAUAACCUGCUAGCGCCCAACGUGAUCCAUCUGCACUGCUGGCCUUACUUUGGCGACGAAUUCGACUUGGCCGACGCUGCGAACCUGAAUGGGCAAUACAGAGUCGACAUCGCAGACCGCGAGCGGAAGCUACUGGUGCUGUUGCAGGCGCAGAAAUACGAACGCUAUGUUGAGAGUGCUCUAGUGGAUCUAGAGUGCUCCUGGGCGGAUGUGCUUCGUUUCCUGUUAGUGCCUAAGUUGGACCUGGCCUCCAUCACGGACACAGAUGUGCUCAGAGCCUAUGCACUACGCGAUCAAUUUUGCAAGGAUGACUUCAAACGGAGCAGCGAUCGAUGGAACGAAGUACUCAACUCUCUGCCUCCAUCUACACCGGCCAAACUGGGCCGGGCCGCGGUGUUGUGCGAAAUGUUUCAGAAGAUGACCAAAUUCAGUCUCUGGCAUAUCGCUCGACGCUGCGAGUAUGCACGCAAAGGACAACAUUCCGGAAGCGGUGCAUUGGAAUCACACCCAGAAGCAGCUCCUGGCGUGGCAUUGCAGCCCUCGGACAACGGUUUGACAUGCAGGAUGUGCUUACGCUUUAACUGCCCAUACCACGGCCAGUUCAAACAUACCGCGGACGGGGGGAGCGAGAGCGAUGAUGACUCUAUCUUCUCGGUCGACACCGCCGUCGCCACAGACAUUGUGCACCCAUUCAAGGUGAAUUACCGGACUCGGGUCGAGUUUCCGCCGGAAGCGCAGUCGAUCAGCCCGCUACCUGAUCCCGCACUCAGAAGGAAGCAAAAAGACGCAAACUACUGGAGUGGAUAUCUGCACGAAGCGGAGAGUCGUGGACCAUUCUAUCCGUGUUUCCACCCCGGCACAUCCUGCGAGACCGCGAAAUGCAGCUGCUAUGCGAAAGCAAUCCCGUGCGAAAAGACCUGCAGCUGUCCUUCAAACUGUACACGCAAAUUCAAAGGCUGCGCUUGCGGGCAGCGGAAAGACCACAACGUGUGUUUCGAGAAUGCCAACUGCGUCUGCUGGCAGCUAGGAAGAGAAUGCGACCCGGAUCUCUGCGCCUCGUGCGGUGUCUGUGACGUUGUUGAUCCCAUCCACCGCCACGACGAGCGCGCAGGCCGCUGCCGCAACGCCAACAUCCAGCGCAACAUCCCCAAACACACCCUCCUUGGCGACAGCGGCGUGCACGGCCUGGGCCUCUUCGCAUGCGAGCACAUCCGCGAGAACGAGUUUGUAGGCGAGUACAAGGGCGAGAUCAUCACGAAGAGCGAAGGCGAGCGGCGCGGCGCCGUCUACGAACACCAGCGCCUCAGCUACCUCUUUUCCCUCAACAAAGAGCAGGAGAUCGACAGCACGUACUUUGGGAAUAAGAUGCGCUUCAUCAACCAUGCACGCCCGGAGAAGGCGAACCUCUACCCUCGCAUCAUCAUGGUUAAUACUGUGCAUCGCAUUGCCCUAUAUGCCGGCCGCGACAUCCCCGCGGGCAAAGAGCUGCUCUUCAACUACGGGCCCAAAUUUCCCAACGAGCAGCUGCAGGAGAGCAAGAAGGCGAAGAAGUCGGCGCCGCACGUGCGCAACGCGAAUCUGGUCAAGGGCUUCUUCGAAGUAUCGGAGAGCGAGGACGAAGACGGCAAUCUGCGGGCAAAGGCGGUGUCAUCAUCACUGCACCGCAAAGGCGGGAAAGGGAAAAAGAAAGGAAUCGCACGCGUAGUGGCUGUGAAGAAACGGCGUAUGGACGACGAAGAUGGCGGCGCGAGGAGUGCGACAUCCUCGCCGAGAAAACCCGUGUCCUCGUCACCCCGGAAGCACGUAUCGCUAGCUACAGCAACGGCGGUGCAACACGCAGGCACAGCGCGAGCGAAGCAGGACAUUGGGCGCGCCGCAGGCGACCGGUUGGCGGCAUUUAACAUUUUCGACGACGUUGCCUCGGAGCCCAUGGAUGCUGACGCGGAGGCUGAAGAUGACGAAUUGUACGAGCCGGAUCAGUUGGAGGGUGAUGAUGAUGUGUCGGAGAGUGAGGACAGUGAAGGCCAUGGUGCGGGGACGGAGGAGAGCAGUGGGAGUGAGAGCAGUAGUCCGCGGGUGCGCAAGGCGGUGAGAUUGUCUACUAGACGCGGCCGGCCGAGGCUUCGAUGAGGGCGGAAUGCUAAGCCGCAU